UCCAGCUUGACGCCGUUCAUUUUGUCCUGGUCCUGUCCUUCUGUUGCAUCCGCCGCAACAUCCGCGGCCCCCCGCAGAGGACAGCGAGCGCUCGGAGCACGCAGGCCCCGCGGAGGGAAAGGGUCCUGGCCUGGGCGCGGAUCGCGAGGAGGCCGCGGGCCCUGCCGUUGGAUGGAGUCGGGGUGCGUUCAGACAGCAAUGGCUAUGGGCUUGACAUCGAAGAAGGCGUCUAGUCGGAGCGUCGCGGUGGAGCGAAAAAACCUCAUCACGGUGUGCAGGUUCUCGGUGAAAACCCUUCUGGAAAAAUACACCGCAGAGCCCAUAGAUGACUCAUCUGAGGAGUUCAUUAACUUUGCGGCUAUUUUAGAGCACAUCCUGAGCCACCGCUUCAAAGGUAACACCACAGGCUCGGGAAGCUGGUUCAGCUCGGACGGACAGCGCAGUUUCUGGGAAUACAUCCGUCUGGCCUGCAGCAAAGUGCAGAACAACUGCGUCUCCAGCAUCGAAAACAUCGAGAACAUCAGCACAUCCAGAGCAAAGGGCCGAGCGUGGAUUCGGGUGGCGCUCAUGGAGAAACGCCUCUCGGAAUAUGUGUCCACUGCUUUGAGGGACACCAGAACCACCAGGAGGUUCUAUGACGACGGAGCCAUUAUGCUCAGAGAGGAAGCCACGGUGCUGACCGGCAUGCUGAUUGGACUCAGCGCCAUCGACUUCAGUUUUUGUCUGAAAGGGGAGAGUCUGGAUGGGAAAUCUCCGGCUGUGAUUGACUACACGCCCUACUUGAAAUUCACCCAAAGCUACGACUACCUCAGUGAUGAGGAGGACCGGCGCAGCGUGGACAGCAGCAACAGCGAGGAGAGCGUCCCCGAGCAUCCUUACAUCCCUCUGGUCACGGACGAGGAGAGCUGGAGCAACAAGUGUCGCAAAAUGGAGCAAAGGUUCAAGAUCGUCUACGCCCAGAAGGGUUACCUGGAGGAGCUGGUGCGUUUGCGGGAGUCGCAGCUGAAGAAUGUGGAAACAGAGAACAAGCGAUUGAGAGCCAAAGUGGAGGAGCUGUCAGUGCAGAGCCAGCAGGAGAAGAAGGAGCUUGAAGCCAUCGUUCUGGAACUGCAGGCUCAACUCACUGCCCUCACGCCCUGCAAUUCCUCCAAUCUGGCUAAAGAUCUGUCCAUCCCGCUGGUCAACCAGUGGUCUGCCAUCACAAACGACCAAGGCGAUGUCAAGAUUUUCCGCAGGAGGAGUUUCCACAGUCUGGAGCUGCUCUCUGCAGAUGUCAGUCUGAACUCGGACUCCCAGAAGCUGGAAGGGAGACAGAACGGAGAUGCUGCCUGGACCUCAGCAGGAAAAGACAACACUCCAUCCAUGCUGGGUCUUUGCGGCUCCCUGGCCUCUUUACCGAGCUCCAAGUCCCUGGCGAGCCUCAAGUCCAGCGAGUGUUUGGUCAACAUCAGCACCGAGCCCAGCCCUGCACUCUCUCCCAGCUAGGAGCAACAUGACUUAACUCUGAGCCUGUCUGACUGGAGAUGCUGCGUUGACUCUGUCCAAAAUACCCAUCUGAAACUUUGCCAAACGCCCGACUGGAUUUUUGUAUCUGAGAGACGUGAAGCUGAAAGGAUCUCUUCUCCUCACCUCAUCCACUCAAUGCUUUGCUCUUAAUUUCCAGUGUUUCGGUCCCUUCAUCCGUCUGAUCUACUUUCUUAAAGGUCUACUGAUAGAAUGCCGUGCCUCCAUCUGUGGGUUCGUCCACCCGUGUAACCAUAGCAGCAGCUGCAGCAGUUUGGAUGCAGGAACAGUCGGAUGUGACAGUGAUGUCAAGCAAUGAAGGCCUGCAUCUCAUGGUGGCUAAUUGAGGUAUCAGACCCCUAAAAUGUGAGGAGAUGUUUAAAACCAAACCUUAUGACUUUUAAGUUACAGUAUGUUCAAUUCAAUGCAGUAGUUUCUCUUCAUUGUUUUGUGUGGCAAUAAACAGCCUUUUCCCAUUGUGUGUUCAUUGA